UCAUGUCGGAGGUGGAUGAGUAAGUGAAAGCUUUUAACUACUAAGUGGCACAAAAAACAAGACCUUCAUGCCGUUCCAGCUAGAAAUUACACGAGACAUGGAAGAAUACGAACAGGAGGUAUCUGUUGUCGAUGUAUAUGACAUUGCUUCAGAAAUUGGCAAAGAGUUCGAGAAAAUAAUUGAUGCUCACGGUACGGAAGCUGUCACUAGUUUAAUGCCUAAAGUUAUUAAUGCACUUGAGCAUUUAGAAGGUUUAGCAACCAAAAAUGAGCGUGAAAACACAACGGUUCAAGAACUGAAAGCAAGGAUUGCUCAAUUGGAAAAUGAUAAAGUGGAGAAAGCUGAAGACAGACAACGUUUCGAAAAGGAACUGGAACAGAUAGAAGAACACUGGCGACAAGAAUCUCAUGACUUAGUUGCAAUGGUAACACGGCUUCAAGAGGAAAAUCGUAAGCUGUCUUCCUCACUUGCUGAUAGACAGGAUCACCUCCCCAGUGAAGCAGCUCAAGCAACCAGUCCAGACGUAGAAGUUGCAGUGUUGCAGAGGUUAAGAAAUUUAAUUGACCAGCAACGAGAUCAAAUCCGUACAAGAGAUAGAGAAUUGAGUGCUAAGUCUGCAGAAGCAGAUAAUCUUUUAACACAAGUGGAGAGGCUAACAAUGAUUGGUAAGGAGCUCCGAAGGAAACAUCGUGGGAGUCAGGCUCAAGUUCGUGGUCUGAUAGAUGAACGAGCUGAUUUUUUGGCACAGUUGCAGGACCAGCAGAGGGAGUUGGUAGGCCUGAGGCAAAGGCUUGGACUUGCACAGAAGGAGAAUGAGGAUCUUGCAAAGUCACAUUCAGAGGUUCCUGAUUUGACUAACAAAGCUGUGUAUGAUCUGGAUGACCCAAACCGUCCCAGGUUCACCACUGCAGAACUGAAGGAGAUUCUCCAUGAGAGAAAUGAACUCAAGGCACGAGUUAGUGAUUUGGAAGAUGAACUAGAGAUGUAUCGGCCAAAGUCCAGUGAAUCGCUUCACACUGUGCCGCUGUCAAGGUGGUCGCAUGCUCAGAGAAACUUCGGUGCUCGCCCUGCUGCUGCAAUGGCUGUGGUGUUCCCCUCCCCCUUUGCUCCCUCCCCUGGCAGACCUCCCCCUACCAGUGCUGACACCACCGUGGCCUCGCCGAGGUGGAGAAAAUCUGGUUCUGCACUACAUAAUUUGCCAAACAGCGAGGAGGAUGAUCCACCAGUACAGGGACCUCUGCCCUUCGAGCCUGAUGAUGCCCCUUGGAAGAAAUCAGAAUCUGGGAUUCGCAAGUUUUUUCGCAAGUUGUUUAGUGAGAGUAAUGUUACGUUUCUCGGGAGCAGCCCAAAACGAAGUCUUUCGUCUUUGUCCAAGAUGGCAUUAUCUAGCAGCGCUAAUCCUGACAUGCCUGUCUAAUGACGCUUCACUUCCUCCUGGUGCUAAUGGCAGCAGCAGUGAUGGCAGUCUGGUUACUGUCACCCUGGCAACUUCCAUUGCUGCAACCUGUGUCAUUGACUUUGCUGGCAAUCUUGAACUGCUGGCACAUUUGCUGGCAGAUACAUUAUAAAAUUUGCACCUCACUAAAAAUAACACAGAUGAGGUUUUCCAGUAAAAGUAUUAAUAUCAUCCUCUAUGAUCUUUAUACAUCUGAAAGAAGUCAUGGCUACCACUUACCAACACGACAUUAUCUGGAAGUUGGUACAACUUGACAAACCUAUAUUUCACUAUGUGUUAUGGUAAAAAUUAUUUUAACAUAGAUAAAACUUCAGUUGUCAAGAAAAAGAAAAUAUUUCUGCAUAAAUAUGAGAUCAACAUGGCCACAAAGUACCUUGGAAACUUCUGCUAGUGGGCCUCAUAUUAUUGCAAGCUUCAUAGCAAGAGAGUUAAAGUUGUGGGAGCUGUUAUCUUUGCAGUGUGUCUCAUUUUGUGCAUAAAUAUAAAUUUUACUUUUUGCUGUUCUAGGAAGGUAAGUGUGAGAUUUAAGAAAAAUUAAGGUUUAAUUUAAGAUCUUAUUUGUUGAUAUUUCAUAAUGUAGUAUUUUUGUUACUUUAAUAUACAAAUUGGUACACUCUGUAUUUGUACAGUGGAAUUCUCUCCGCAUGAUUGAUGUUUGUGGAAGAAUUAAUUACACUGUGUCCAGGUUACUUUCAUAGAGUAGUAAACUGGACAUUUGUUUGUAAUUAUGAGUUUUCUAGUUGGAUAGUUGUCAAAAUUAGCACAAUAUGCAUUGUAUCUUUCUGUAACAUCACUUUCCUUCAGGUAACCAUUAACUUUUAACACUUGUAUGUGUUCAUACAGGGUAAGUAGAUGUACAAGAACUAUAAAUAUCAGGAAAUGUAUGAUUUAUAUCUGAGACUAUAUGCAGAUUUUUCCUGCCUGUUUUAAAUACUUCUUUUUAUUUCACAUACAGUGAAAUACAUUUCUAAUGUAACAAUUUGAAAAUAAUGUUUAAAGCAGAUCAUCUUCAUACAAUGUUAACUAGUAUGUCUCAGUAUGAUUCAUUGAAGUUGAUGCUGUUCCAACUUUAAUAGAAGAGGAAGUUGUGCAUUCAAAUCCCCUUCAGAAGUGAGUCUUUUGUUGUAAGCCCAUACUUAGAAUGUGCAAAACUGUUUGUUUUGUCCCCCCCCCCCAUGCCUGCUAUAGAUCAUCCAGCAUUGAAAAAUUUAUUCUAUUUAAUAUUUUAUGUCUGCAUUACAAUCACCCUGCAAUAAAAAUGAAAUUCUAAUUGCAAACAUGAAUAUAUCACAAAAGUUUAAGAUGCACAGACAGUAUACAUCCUGGCAAUAUGAUUUUUACCUUUGUGCUAUUAUGUGAAUUUAGGUAUUACUAUUUGUAUGAAAUGUUUUAUAUUUGAAACUGUAUUUUGAGUGGUUGUCAGAAUGUGGUAUAGCUGUGGAGUGAGUUCUGAAAAAACCUAAUCACACGUUUUUAAACUGAAAACAGAUGUUUUUGUUAUCAGUACUGAGCUACCAGUAUCUCAUUGCAAAAUGAUAAAUUGACUCUUGGAUAAUACAGUGUGUUUUAUAUAUAUAAGGCCUGUGUGUGUGUGUGUAUGUAUGUGCACCUGCACUGAAGAAAGCAAUGUUUAUGUGGACAUAUGACUAAGAUGUCUGUUUAAAUUAUUGUUUUGUGCUGUUAUAAACAUUUAUUUAAACAAUUAAAUGUUGUUUAUUGAUUCCUAGGGCCAGAUGGGUUUAAUUUUAAUCCAACUAGCAUACAGUAAAAAUAUAUGUGUAGAAAGUUUCAUAUUGUAAGGCAGGAAACUGUCUACGUUUCAGUUUUAAAAUGAAUAGAUAUUUUAUGGCAUAAUCUUACAGAAUCUAGAAGUUGUGAUAGAUAUUUUGUCUAAUGUCUUACAGAAAAGAGUUGGAAGGUAGUCCCUUAGUUUUGAGUUUACAGAGUCUUUAAAUGUAAUCUAUGCUGUUUUGUAAUUCUUUUUGCCUUCAUAUUCAUUUGUUGUAGAAACAAAUCUGUUCAGAGAACUAAUCAGCAGUAAGGAUCUAAAUUACACAGCAUGAUGGUUUUUGCAUAUUCUGUUAGGUACACACCAUAUUGGAAAAUAUUGUAAAAUAAAAUUUGGGAACCUUAAUAAGGUUUUUAUGUUUUGCGUUAUAACUAUUUUAUAUGAUUACCAUUUUUGAGGAAUUAUGGAAAUUGAUUUUAGUUUCGUGUGAAGCAGUGGGUAAUACAUACCGAAAUAAAAUUGACGAACAACUUUUAAUAUAGGCUCUAUAGCAGGUAUCGUCAAAAUCCUUUAAUUGCUUUGGAAGAUCUGCACUGAGGAAGGGGAGAGGUUGUGGUUCUAAACUGUAAACCCUGUGGUGAUUAGCAUCAUUCAUAGAGUCAUAACAAAUACAUGCCAGAUAAUCCAGUUUUAUUGCAUGAGGGAUCUUAUAUUCAGGUUAAUCCUUGUUCUUGUAUUGCUGUUUUGUAUGAAUUUUACCUGUUGUUUUUAGCAUAUAGCCUACAGAUAAAUCCAGUUACAGUGGCCGUGUGGCCUGGGGCAUGGGCCUUGUGCACUUGGACACUGGGCUCAUGGGUUCAAAUACCACUCAAGGCAUGUAUGUUUGUCUGCAUCUUUCUGUGUUGUGCUGUCCUGUAUACAGGUAGAGGCCUAGUGGCAGGCUGAUCACUUGUCCAAGGAGCCAUAACAAAUGGCUAAAUAGGUCAAAUAACCUCCAGAAGAGGCGGCCAUGACCCGCACUGGGUUGUAGAGCCAGAGAUGAGUCUACAGAAAAAAGGGCAAAAAGUGUUGCUUUAUUUAAAUUAAUACAGAAGUAUUGAUUUAAAAAUUUGGAACAUGUUUAUCCAUGUUUUUGUCUAUUUUUACCAAAUAUAAUUAUUAUAUAUUAGUUAUCCCUAGAAUGUUUAUAGUGCUUUCAACAUUUCUGGUGAUAUAUGUAGGACUUUCUGUAUAUUGAAGUUUACUGUCUUCUGGGUUGUUGCGCCUUGUAGUCUGGUAGAUUUCCACCACCAUUUCAGAGGUUAAAUCUACCAGACUACAGGGCGCAACAACCUAGAAGACAGCAAUCUUCAGACUCACCGCUGUGAAAACCUCAAAUCCUUUGUGUAUUUUACUUAUUAUCAUUAUUUUAUGUACUGAUGUAAACUAUAUUUUAAUUUUUGUAUUAAUAUAAUUGUUACUGUUUUGAAGUUGACAAGAAGUUUAGGUUUCUUUAUCACAAUCUGCAACACUACAGUAAGUUUGUGUCAAUUUGUAUCAUAAUUUGAACUCUAAUCUUACUAUGUGGUUAGUAUACAAAGGAUCUGAUUGAAGAGUUCUCAUAAGAAACAUUUACUCAUAUCUGCAUAUAAAGAAAAGAGUGUCAGAAUUUUUUUUUUCCUUUCAAAUAUUCAACUUAUUAUAUCAUAGUGUGCUGGUUUGGCAAGUAUAUUCUCUUGCAUAAGAAGUGUGUAAACAUUCAAGCUUUGUACACAGAUAUAGAUAGUUGGUACAAGUGUCAGAUUCAGUGAGGAAAGGAAGUACUGCUAAAUUUGCCAUUGAGUAUCUUCAGAAUGCUUGUAUCAGUCAGCACCAUUUUUUUGUUGUUGCAAAGAUACAGGUCCUUUUAAUUAGGUAAUUUUAAGGCUGUCAUACCACAAGGUCCAAGAUGGGUCUAUAUUUGUCCAUGUUACGCUGUGGUAGGCUUUUGCACUUACAAUUUCUGUCUGCAUGUUGAAGUUCAAUGGUGGGUCACCAAAAUUGUUUCUCCAUCUCCUGAGCAUGGCAGCCAAAAGCUUUCAUCACCUAAUUUCAUAACCACAUUUUAGCUAACAUUUCCUCUUUUCCCAUUCCACUAAUUUCCUUUUGAACAACUCCCCUCUUCCACUUUCUGCCAUUACCUUCCAUCUUCUUCAACUUCCCCCUUCAUUCUGAUCUUCAUUGUUGUCAAAGAAGAAAAGUCUUCCAUUAUAUUCUGUCCUAAUCAUGUGAUCAGCAAAAACUUUUUUCCAUCACCUCUCCCUAACCAUGCGGUCACAGACUUUGUCUGUUUCCCCUUCUUUACCCAUGUGGGUGCUAAAAUUUCUCUGUCACCUCUUUUCCAAUCUCAUGGUAAACCAAAACAUCUUUCAGUACCUCUUUUCCUUCCCAUGUGACCCAUAAACCUGUCACCAUUUCUCCACAACCACGUACUUGCUCCUGAUUGGAUAGCAUCUCACUUCAUUUUUCUUAAAUUUCCCAGUUUCAUAUAUAUGUAACUGUACCAACAAGUGCAUGAUAUCUUUUCACAUCACAUGAUAGAAUUGCUGAACCAAAUUGAACAUAUUUAAUGUCAGUAUGUAUGCCUAUUUUAACAUCUCCGUAGACACUAAUAAUGUGACUAUGAAGGCUUUAAAAUCAAAAUUUAAACUGAAAUAGUCUGAUGUGCUCUCCAAGGCUUCUAUAAUAUCUGUGAUGACUCUCAGUGUAACGUGUAAUAAAAACAGAACGAUGGACCAGCUGAAGAAUGUUGAAGAGAAUUACAGUUUUUUAAAAUAAUUGAAUUUUGAUUACCAAAAGUCAUGAUGUAGUAUGUAUGACUGUAUUAUGUAUUAUAAUGAUCAUUGUACAUAUGUAAUAUUGUAUGGUAAUUAUAUUCUACAGCAUAACUUCAGUGACAUGUGCCUAAGAAUUUUGUAGGUAAUUGCUGAAACUGCUGUGUUCUGUCAAUACUGCAGUUUGUGUGUAGGUAUAUACACAUUUGUUUUGUGCUUUGUUAUUCAGAGGAUACUUUUAUUUACAAGUGUUUUUAGUUCUCUGUGCAGAUUUUUUUUAUUCUGAAUGAUGAUUAAAAUAUUGUCAGAAAGAACCUGUUGAAGCAUCUUUUAAAUCAAGUUUACUAGUCAGAUGUAGAUGCUUGCUGCAUUAAAAUGUGAAAUAUGUACACUUGUAUAUAACACAUUAGCAUAUUGGUUAAUUAGAAAAUGGCUAAUGCAUAUACUUUUCUAUAAAUGCACAAAUAAUAAUGUAGAUGCAGGAUAUGUUUGUGCUUUUCUCAUAGUGGAAUAUAAAAUUUUAUGGUUGACCAAGACUGUGCUUCCUUGUUCUGAUAUAUAUAUAUAUCUAUAUAUAUGUGUGUGUAAAAAACUGUGCCAAAGUCACAUCUUAUUUACACAGAUUUUUGCAGUUAAUAUGUGUAUAGGUUGCAAUGAAACUGAAUAAAAUUGUGUAGGGUCUGUGUGUGUUGUUUACAGUGUCAUGUACAGUUUUAUUAUUUUAUUUGUUGCAUUUAUUUUGCUUAAUAUCUGGUGUAUUUAGUAUGUACAAGUUGUUUUUAUGAUCAAAUAAAUAUAUAUUAUCUAGAA